AGCCGUUUCGGCGGAAGGCGCCCCGGGCCUGGCGCACACCCCACGCCUGGCGCUCCGCGGCCCGCCCAUGCUGCGAUGACCCACGCGGCGGUGCCGCCACCGCCGCCCGUCCCAGAGGCGGCCGAUACGGCGGCGCCAGAGAAUGGCAGGUGCGCGUUCUUCCUGGCUGGCAAGGGCCGCCGAUGCCGGUGCCGAGUGGAGCCGGGGCUCGCCUUCUGUGGGGCGCAUCGCAUCGCCGACAGCUCGGACAGACGCGUGCCGUGCCCGCUCGACCCGGGCCACACCGUGUGGGAGAGGAAGCUGCAGCAGCACCUGAGGGUCUGCAGCAAGGCGGUGCAGGACUCCUUCGUGACCCACCAGCCCUUCUACCGCAGGGGCGCCAACGCCGGCGACGGGGGAGGCGUGGGCGUCGUGGCGGCAGAGGCGGCGGUCGCCGCCCCGGCACCCGGGGAAUCGGAGCCGUGCACGGGGCAGGGCUGGGCGGAGAGGCUGGCGUCUGCCUUCCGGGGCGCGGUGCUCGAGGUGCUGGGCCCGCAGGCCAGUCCGGACGAGCUGCUGGACUGGUCGGUGCUGGCGGAGGCGGGCGGGGUGGCGCACGCGGAGAAGCACGAGGCGCAGAACCUCGCGCUGGCCGAGGCGGCGUGCCGCGGCGGGCUGCACGGCGACGCGGUGGUGGUGGAAUACGGCUGCGGCCGCGCCGGGCUCGCCGCGGCGGUGCUGGCCCUUAGGCCCGGGCGGCGCAGCGUCCUGGUGGACCGCGAGCCGCGCAGGCACAAGAUAGAGAACCGCCAGGGGACUCGGGAGGAGCGCAUCCUGCGGCUGCGCCUGGACGUGGCCGAUUUUGACCUUGGGGCGCUUCUGGGGCCGCCCCUGCAGAGCGCGUCGUUGCCGACUGCUCGCGACUUCGACGGCGUUCCCGUCGCCAGCGGGGGCGGUGCCGACGGGACGGUCCUCGCGCCGGCGGCUAGCGGGCCAGGGGGCGGCCCCGCAGAGCGCCUGGAGGAGCAGUGGAGGGCCGCCGCGGAGCUGCAGUCGUCGCCGUGGCCGCCCCCGCAGGUGCUCGCCUGCGCGAAGCACCUGUGCGGCGGCGGCACCGACGUGGCGCUGCGCUCGCUGCUGCGGGCCCUGCCGCGCGACGGCUCGGCCCGCGGGACGGGCGCGGACCUCUCCGUCUGCAUGGCCACCUGCUGCCACCAUCGCUGCGACGCCGCCAGCUACGUCAACGUGCCGUUCGUGCGGCGGCUCGGCCUGUGCGGGACGGUCGGGGAGUUCGCCCAGCUCGCCUCCGCGGCCGGCUGGGCCGUCGGGGGCAGCGGCGCGCAGCAGGUCGACGGCGUGGCCAAGCGGCGGCUCGGCAUGAUGGCCAAGCGCAUCCUCGACCUGGGCCGCGUCGCCUGGCUCCGCGAGGAGCUCGGGCUCGCGGACGCGUCCCUGACGUGCUACGUCGACAAGCGGGUGACGCCCGAGAACGUCGCCAUCCUGGCGGGCGGGGCCGACUGCGCGGCGAAGGCCGCGCGGUGAGGUCCCGCGGGCUCACGGUGCGGCGGGCCGCGAGAUCGCCAGUUCCGCUCGGGCCGUGCCUCCGCGGACGGCGGCGGCUGGCUCCUCCUGGGCGGCUGCGCCUCCGUCCUCCGGCGCCCCUCCCCCUCGUCCUCCGCCCGGUCCUCCUCCUCUCCGUUCUCGUCCUCCUCCUGCUCCUCCUCGUCCUCUCCG